GAUGCAAUGUAUGGUUUUGUUGCUUCAGUACUUUCUUACAAGUGUUAAUCCCCGCCUUAAUAAACAACAACGGUGCAAUUGACGAGCAGACGCCGAACAAAGGAAAUCUUCAACACUUAUUUAACGAAUUGUAAUAACCGAGUUUGCUCAUCAAUUAUCCGCUUUAAUUCAAUUUUUUUAAAAGAAAGUCACAGUUCCUGUUUUUGAGCCCUUCCAGUAACUCAUCGUGACACCCGCAACAGUAGGCAGGGUGGCAGUUUUUUUUUCGCCAACAGGUGGCACAUGCGAUAACCGGUUAGUUCGCGAAAAUAACGAGAAGCUUAACCUUAAAAUGGCGUUCUCUUUUCUUCAAAUUCUUCUAGUAUCGCGAAUGACCUCGAACGGAAAUAAAUUGCUAGGUUUUUAACAGUUUUUAUUCAAGACUUAAUUUUCUGGAGGACAAUAUAAGCCCCUUGUUUUUGUCACUGAAACUUUGAAAUCACAACUUGCAGACUUUGGUCGGAGAAUGAGAGAAAUUCUAUGGGUCUUCGCACUUUUCACGUUUUUUAAGUUCUCAAAUGGCCAAGCGUAUGGAGGUUAUCAGUACAGGCCGCCGUCUUACCCUUAUUUAUACAAAAUGGCGCCCGUCUACAGCUGGUACCAACGGGAUGAAAAACCCGCACCUGCUGUUGAAAUGGAACCAAACUCUGAAGAAAUGACAGCAUUUGAAGUCCAGGGAUUAUUGUAUCACAACCUUCAUCGUGAAGUCCAUAACACUCCAGACCUUCACCUCGACCACAAGCUUAGCCUUGAGGCUGCCCGUUAUGCCAAAGAGAUUGCUCAACAUUUGGUAGUAAAGCAUGCUCCCAUUCAAACUCGACCAGGCCAGGCAGAGAACAUUUUUCUACGCUGUAAAGCAUUCAGCCAGGGAGCGUCUGCUUUUGAAGCAGUGAAAGAAUGGUACUCUACUGUUUGUCACUGGGAUUUUGAUAACCCUGUUCCUCUGAACGACAAAGGGAAACCAUUCAGUAGACUAGUUUGGCGGUCAACUCAGCAGUUGGGAAUUGGGAAAGCAACAUUUCCUGUGGACAACUUCAAUUGCACAGCCGUAGUGGCAAGAUAUAGUCCCUACGUAAACACGCAAAAUUAUGCGGAAAAUGUUCAAAAAGGGAAGUUUGUACCUACAGGCUGCCAGUAUGUGAAUAAUGUUGAGAACGAAGAUUUUAUUUUGCCUCCACAACCUGGAAAAGCUUGUCAAAGAAUUUCUGGAUUUAAAGGACAAAUGUUACAAGAAAGUUCUACAUGCACAAUUAAACAAUUAUUUGCAAUUUUCGGAGCUUCAGUUAGAAGAGGAAAGCAAGGAUUUAGUGUUGUUUUAUAAACAGGGCGUAGCA